GGGUAAAGUAAAUUUGGUAAAGUCCAUAUACAAAUUUAGGGGCCCUUCUAAUUCCGACAACAUACACUUUUUCUUACAAAAUUAAGAAUCUUUUUGUGUAGACAGUAGUUGUGUUACGAUGUCGAACCCCAACGCGCCACACCCGCCGAGACAUCUGACCAAGCAGUACUCAUGGUCGCAUGAUGUGAAUCGCAAUGAGUCUUGGCUACGGAGGAAAAAGAAACAACCAUUGGAUCAAAUGCGUCGCAGCAAGAGCGUCACCAACGAUGAUCUCGAGGAACUUAAAGGCUGCAUUGAGCUGGGGUUUGAGUUUGAGCCAGAUUCUCCUGAUUUGAAUCAAAGGCUCUCUGAUACAAUCCCGGCUCUGGAUUUGUACUGCGCUAUUCAGAGACAGUAUAGCAACCAUUUAUCCCGGACGUCGUCGUUUGCGUCCGAAUGUGACGUCAGUAACUCUAGCACCACUACGAUUAUCGACAAAGGUGAUGAUCGGAAGACGAUGAAGCAGAAGUUGAAGCAAUGGGCUCAUGUGGUCGGUUUUUCGGUGCGGCAUAUCUCAGGGAAACCAAAAUGAUCCUUUUCGAAUUUUUUCUAGUGAUGUAUAAAAAUGUCAGCUUUUGUAAUAUAACUCUGAUUGAUG